AUGAGUCAUACUCUUAGUAAUGGAUUUGUAGAACCAGUUUUAAAAACUUUACAUGUUCCUAUUCAUGAUUUAACUUAUGGAAGAGAAUUAAUUCCAAUUUCUCCUGCUGAAAGAAUUUUGCGUUCUGAACCUUAUGUUCAUUCUGAAUUUAAACUUCCUUUUCCUUAUUAUGGAGAUACUGAUAGGUUUAUCUAUUAUCAAACUUGGUCUUUGCCAACCGCAAGUGUAGUACGUGAUGUUGAUAUCUUUUUUAUUCAUGGAAUAAAUGAUUAUGGUGGUCGAUUUUCCGAAAGUUGUAUCCCUAUUUUAGAACAAGGUUUUCGUAUUAUUGCUCCUGAUUUACCAGGUUUUGGAAGGUCUGGUGGAUUGCAUGCUUAUUUUUCUGAUGUACAAGAACUUGUUGAUACUGUUCAUCUUGUCAUUACUCAUGUGAAAGAACAAAACUCUCUCAUAAACAAAAGUACCAAAACAAUCUUAUUUGGUGAAUCACUUGGAGGAAUGAUUGUUUUAACUUAUGCAAUAAAGCAUCCUGAAAAUUUUGAUGCUUUUAAUGUAUUAUGUCCUCUCAUUUAUGUCUCUCCUGAGAGUCGUCCUUAUAAAAUUGCUGAAAUGAUUGGAAAAGUUUUGACCAAAACUCCUCUUGGAAGAUUACCAUUGCUUGCUGCUCAUCGUGGUAAAUGCAGUAGUAAUCCUUUGAUAGAAGAAGAAUUUAUGAAUGAUCCAAUGACAUAUAAUGGAAAUUUAAGGUGUUCUACUGGUCUUGCAUUACAGAAUAAUAUCGAAUGGUUAGGGGCAAAUCUUAAAGAAGUAAAGAAACCUUUCUUGGUACAACAUGGUUUAAACGAUCGUGUUACUGAUUGUAAAGGAUCUAAAGAUUUAUAUGAACAAGCUUCAACUCCAACAAAUGAAAAAUCAAUUCUUGAAUAUGAAGGUUGUGAACAUAUGAUGUUAAGAGACCCUGUUGCUGGAGAAAAAGUCUUUAAAGAUUGUGUUGAUUGGUUUAUUUCAAUGGAUGCAAAAUUUAAAUCUUGA